AUGGCGGCCCCGGAGCGACGGGCCUUCGCCCAGCGCAUCAACCGGACGGUGGCCGCCGAGGUGCGGAAGCAGGUGUCGCGGGAGCACGGCGGGUCCCCCCAGCUCUCCAAGAAGCGCAGCGGGUCCCAGCAGUUGGUGCCGCUGACGGAGGUGGUGGAGCCGGUGGACUUCGAGGAGUAUCUGGCUGCCCACCCCCCCGAGCUGGAGCCUGGCCCACUCCGUGACCUGAUCGAGUUCCCCGCCGAUGAUGUGGAGGUGGUCCGGGAACCGCGGGAAUGCCGCACGCUGGAACCGGGGGUGCCCGACGAGGGGAAGCUGGAUGCCCGGGUGCGGGACGCGGUGCAGGUCUACACGGAGGACUGGCUGGUGGUGCGGAGGAAGUACCAGCGUCUCAGCACCAUGUACAGCCCCAACACGGCCGAGCGGCAGCGCCAGAGACAAAGGGGGCUGCCCCGGCAGGUCUUCGAGCUGGACGAGGCCGCAGAGGAGCCGGAGGAGCUGAAGCGCCGCUCGCCCUCCCUGGACGACACGCCCCGGGGCAGCUGGGCGUCCAGCGUCUUCGACCUGAAGAACUCGGUGGCCGACCCGCUGCUGCCCGCCCUGUUGGAGCACACGGCCAUGGAGGAGCUCGACCGGUGUAACGAGGAGCUGCGCAAGGAGAACCGGCACCCGGAGCUCCUGGCCCUCUUCCCUGCCCCCGAUGAGGAUGAGGCGGUGGAGCGCUGCAGCCUGCCCGAGGUCCCCCAGGAGCACUUCGGCCAGCGGAUCCUGGUGAAGUGUCUUUCUCUCAAGUUUGAGAUCGAGAUUGAGCCCAUCUUCGGGACCCUUGCCCUGUAUGACAUCAAGGAAAAGAAAAAGAUCUCCGAGAACUUCUACUUCGACCUCAACUCGGAUCAGGUGAAGGGGCUGCUGCGGGCACCCGGAGGCCACCCCGCCAUCUCCACGCUGGCGCGGUCCGCCAUCUUCUCCAUAACCCACCCCUCCCCUGACAUCUUCCUGGUCAUCAAGCUGGAGAAGGUGCUGCAGCAGGGGGACAUCGGGGACUGCUGUGAGCCCUACAUGGUCAUGAAGGAGACGGACGCAGCCAAGAACAAGGAGAAGCUGGAGAAGCUGCGCGGGGCGGCGGAGCAGUUCUGCAGCCGCCUGGGCCGGUACCGCAUGCCCUUCGCCUGGACGGCCAUCCACCUCCUGAACAUCGUCAGCACCGCCGGGUCCCUGGAGCGCGACCCCGCCGACGCCGAGAGCGAGCGCCGGGGCACCUGGAACGAGCGCAAGCGGAGGACGCUGGAGCGCAUGAGCGCCGGGGAGGAGGUGUGCAGCUUCGCCAGCUUCCGCCCCGCCACCCUCACCGUCACCAACUUCUUCAAACAGGAAGGCGACCGUCUGAGCGCCGAGGACCUGUACAAGUUCCUGGCGGACAUGAGGCGUCCGUCCUCGCUGCUGCGCCGGCUGCGGCCCAUCACAGCUCAGCUCAAGGUGGACAUCUCGCCGGCGCCCGAGAGCCCCCACUACUGCCUCUCCCCGGAGCUGCUGCGCGUCAAGCCCUACCCGGACCCCCGGGUGCGGCCCACCAAGGAGAUCCUGGAGUUCCCGGCCCAGGAAGUCUAUGUCCCCCACACCACCUACAGGAACCUGCUCUACGUCUACCCCCAGAGCCUGAACUUCAGCAGCCGCCAGGGCUCGGUGCGCAACAUCACCGUGAAGGUGCAGUUCAUGGCGGGCGAGGACCCCAGCCAGGCCCUGCCGGUGAUAUUCGGCAAGUCGAGCUGCAGCGAGUUUACGAAAGACGCCUACACCGCCGUGGUGUAUCACAACAGGUGCCCCGAGUUCUACGAGGAGUUCAAACUGCGGCUCCCGCCCGCCCUGACGGACAAUCACCACCUGCUCUUCACCUUCUACCACGUCAGCUGCCAGCCCAAGCAGAACGCGCCGCUGGAGACGCCCAUCGGCUACACGUGGAUCCCGCUGCUGCAGCACGGCCGUCUGCGGACGGGGCUCCUCUGCCUGCCCGUGUCUGUGGAGAAGCCCCCGCCCAGCUACUCCGUGCUCACCCCCGACGUGCAGCUCCCUGGCAUGAAGUGGGUCGAUAACCACAAGGGGGUGUUUCACGUGGAGCUGCUGGCCGUGUCCUCGGUGCACACGCAGGACCCCGCCCUGGAUAAAUUCUUCACGCUGGGCCACGUGCUGGAGGAGAGCCACUUCCCGGUGCGGCUGCGGGACGCCGUGCUGACCGAGAGCAGCGUGGAGGGGGAGCUGCGGGCCAGCGUGGCCGGGCUGCGGGGGGCCGGGCUGGGGCCACUGCUCGCCCACUGCCACCAGGUCCUGGACAAGCUGCUGCUGCUCAUCGCCCGCCCGCCCAUCAUCGGGGGCCAGAUCGUCAACCUGGGCCGCACUGCCUUCGAGGCCAUGGCCGUCAUGGUGAACCAGAUCCACCAGGGACUAGAGGCCAGCCAGGGCCAGCACGGCCACAACCCGCUGCUGGCCGCCUACAUCCACUUCGCCUUCCGCCUGCCCGCCGAGCCGCCGCCAACGGGGGACGAGGCCGGGACGCCACCCCAGGGGGCUGCCAUCCAAUGCGCCACCCUGUCCCGCGCCACUGGCCGCCCCGCCAGCCUCAACCUGUCGCGCUCCAAGAGCAUCAGCAACAGCAACCCUGACCUGGCCACCACACCCGGCUCCCCCGACGAUGAAGUGCAGCAGAUCCUGGGCAGCAAAGGGAUCGACCGCUCGCACUCCUGGGUGAACUCGGCCUACGCCCCCGGCGGGCCCAGGGCCGUGCUCCGCCGGAACCCGCCCAGCUCCAGCGCCGACCUCAAACAGCUGCUGCACGAGGAGCUGGCCCUGCAGUGGGUGGUGAGCACCGGCGCUGUGCGCGAGGCCGUGAUACGCCAGGCCUGGUUCUUCUUCCGGCUGCUGGGGAAGAGCCUGGCCCUGCACCUGCACCAGGCCCAGAAGCUGGAGGCGCCGCGCCGGCUGCGCUUCCCCAGCCGCUUCGUGGACGACAUCGCCGCCCUGGUGGGCACCGUCAGCAUCGAGAUCGCCAGCCGCUACCAGAAGGACGUGGAGCUGGUGGAGCACCUCAACAGCAGCCUGGCCUUCUUCCUCAACGACCUGCUCUCCCUGAUGGACCGCGGCUUCGUCUUCAGCCUCGUCCGCCUCUACUACAAGCAGAUCGGUAGCCGGCUGCCGAGCGCCCAGAACCCCCCCGCCCUGGUGGCGCUGCGCGUGGAUUUCCUGCGCAUCGUCUGCAGCCACGAGCACUACGUCAGCCUGAACCUGCCCUGGCACAGCCUCUCGCCGCCUGCCUCGCCCUCGCCCUCCGUGUCCUCCGCCACCUCCCAGGGCUCGGCCUUCUCCAGCCCGGCGCAGGACCAGCGGGUGGCCGGCAUGUUCGAGCUGUCGGGGCCCUACCGCCGGCAACACUUCCUGGCGGGGCUGGUGCUCACAGAGCUGGCGCUCAUCCUGGAGCCGGACGCCGAAGGCGUUUUCUUCCUGCACAAGAAGGUGAUCAGCGCCCUGCACAACCUGCUGUGCAGCCACGACGCCGACACCCGCUACGCCGCCCCCCCCGUCCGCGCCCACGUGGCCCAGCUCUACCUGCCGCUCCUCAGCAUCGUCCUGGACGCCCUGCCACAGCUCUACGACUUCACCGAGAACCACAGUCCACGCGGGCGCCUGGUCACCGUGCCGGGGGACGAAGGAGAUAGCGACAGCGGCACCAUCAGCCAGUCGGUGGCCAUGGCCAUCGCCGGCUCCCCCCUGCCCCACGCCCACCGGGCCAGCCCCUUCCCGCUGCCGGCAGCCGCCCCCCGGCCGGCCGGCACUCUGUCGGCCGAGGCGAGCCGCACCCUGCUGGCCUGCCUGCUGUGGGUGCUGAAGAACGGGGACGCGGGGGUGCUGCACAGCUGGUGUGCGGAGCUGUCCCCCCUGCACCUCGGCCGCCUCCUCGACCUGCUCUACCUCUGCGUGGCCUGCUUCGAGUACAAGGGCAGGAAGGCCUUCGAGCGCAUCAGCAGCCUGGCCUUCAAGAAGUCGCUGGACAUGAAGGCGCGGCUGGAGGAGGCCAUCCUGGGCACCGUCGGCGCGCGCCAGGAGAUGGUGCGGCGCAGCAGGGAGCGCAGCCCCCUGGGGGGCCAGGAGAGCGUUCGCUGGAGGAAGAACCUCGCCCACUGGCGCCCGAACUCCGACAAGGUGGACAAGAGCCGGGAGGAGGUGGAGCAGGAGGUGCUGGUGGAGGGGAACCUGGCGACCGAGGCCAGCCUGGUGGUGCUGGACACGCUGGAGAUUAUCGUCCAGACGGUGCUGCUGGCGGAGGCCAAGGAGAGCGUGCUGGACGGGGUGCUGCGGGUGCUGCUACACAGUAUGGCCUGCAUGCCCAGUGCCCUCUUCCUACAGCACUGCUUCGCCUCCCAGAGGGCGCUGGUGAGCAAGUUCCCGGAGAUGCUGUUCGAGGAGGACACGGAGCUCUGCGCCGACCUGUGUCUGCGGCUCCUACGGCACUGCAGCAGCCGGGUGGCUGCCAUCCGCGCCCACGCCAGCGCCUCCCUCUACCUGCUCAUGCGCCAGAACUUCGAGAUCGGCCACAACUUUGCCCGGGUGAAGAUGCAGGUGACCAUGUCUCUGUCCUCGCUCGUCGGGACCUCGUCCAACUUCAACGAGGAGCAUCUGCGGCGCUCGCUGAAAACCAUCCUGAGCUACGCCGAGGAGGACGCCGGGCUGCGGGACAGCAGCUUCGCUGAGCAGGUGCAGGACCUCGUCUUCAACCUGCACAUGAUCCUCACCGACACGGUCAAGAUGAAGGAGCAUCAGGAGGAUCCAGAGAUGCUGAUCGACCUGAUGUACAGGAUCGCCAAGGGCUACCAGAACUCCCCGGACCUGCGGCUGACGUGGCUGCAGAACAUGGCAGCCAAGCACUCGUCGCAGGGGAACCACGCCGAGGCGGCGCAGUGCCUGGUGCACGCGGCCGCGCUGGUGGCCGAGUACCUGAGCAUGCUGGAGGACUCCCGCUACCUGCCCGUGGGCUGCGUCUCCUUCCAGGGCGUCUCGUCCAACGUGCUGGAGGAAUCGGCCGUCUCGGACGACGUGCUGGCCCCGGACGAGGAGGGGAUCUGCUCCGGGAAGUUCUUCACCGAGCUGGGGCUGGUGGGGCUGCUGGAGCAGGCGGCCGCCUUCUUCACCCUGGGCGGGCUGUACGAGGCGGUGAACGAAGUCUACAAGAUCCUCAUCCCCAUCUACGAGGCCAACCGGGAGUUCAAGAAGCUGGCGGCUCUGCACGGCAAACUGCAGGACGCCUUCGGCAAGAUCAGCAGCCAGAGCGCUGGCUGGGAGCGCAUGUUCGGGACGUAUUUCCGGGUCGGGUUUUACGGCAGCAAGUUCGGGGACCUGGACGAGCAGGAGUUCGUGUAUAAAGAACCGUCCAUCACCAAGCUGGCUGAGAUCUCCCACCGGCUGGAGGAGUUCUACGCCGAGCGCUUCGGGGACGACCUGGUCGAGAUCAUCAAGGACUCGAACCCCGUGGACAAGGCCAAGCUGGACCCCAACAAGGCCUACAUCCAGCUGACCUACGUGGAGCCGUUCUUCGACACCUACGAGCUGAAGGAGCGAGUCACCUACUUCGAGAAGAACUACGGCCUGCGCAGCUUCCUCUUCUGCACGCCCUUCACGCGGGACGGGCGGGCGCACGGGGACCUUCACGAGCAGCACAAGCGCAAGACGCUGCUCACCACCUCGCACGCCUUCCCCUACAUCAGAACCCGCCUGCCCGUCGUCCACAAGGAGGAGAUCAUCCUGACCCCCAUCGAGGUGGCCAUCGAGGACAUGCAGAAGAAGACGCAGGAAUUGGCCUUUGCCACCCACCAGGACCCGGCCGAUGCCAAGAUGCUGCAGAUGGUGCUGCAGGGCUGCGUGGGCACCACCGUCAACCAGGGCCCGCUGGAGGUGGCCCAGGUGUUCCUGGCCGAGAUCCCGGACGACCCCCGGCUCUACCGGCACCACAACAAGCUGCGCCUCUGCUUCAGGGACUUCACCAAACGGUGCGAGGACGCCCUGCGUAAGAACAAGGCGCUGAUCGGGCCGGACCAGCGCGAGUAUCACCGGGAGCUGGAAAGGAACUACCUGCGCCUCCGGGAGUCCCUGCACCCACUGCUGAGCCGCCGGAUCCCCCAGCUCUACGCCCCCCUCGUCCCGCGCUCCACCCACCGGUGA